AUGAAGGGUGAUUCCCUUUUAAAAGAGAAUCCUAAAAAAGUAUCCACGAAGCAAUUCAACCUCGAAUCAGCUCUCCAUGACCCAGUUUUCGACCCUGUCCAACCCAAUGGAGGUAAUGAUGUCAAGUUUACCGACGAUGAACCCACCUCUUUAUCAAAUUAUUCUUCAUCUACUUCUUCAACAUCUACCUCGAUGUCUGCUUCUUCAUUAUCAACAACAUCCAAUAUUGGAGGUGAAUUGCAUGAUGAUAAUGGUGAUGAUGACCUUGAUUAUUACAGGUCUCAUGUUCCUCUAGAGGCUGUUGGUAGAGACCUCAAGUCGUUUGACCAAAAGCUGCGUCUAUCAGUUGAAAUAUGGGUCAACGAGCCUCUCAACACCUCUUCAAUCGCCAUGAAUGAAGACCGCUCCGACGAUCCAGGUCCUCAAAGAGAUCCUUGCCAAAAUCACAAUCUCAAUGGAGGUUAA